UUGAAACAAUGAGCAGGUUCAGAAAGUUUAAGAAUCUUAUUAGUGGGGACAGGACAAAAAGAAAAGCCCUGAAGCUAAUAAAGUGGCUUCAAAAGAAGACACUUCUUAAAAGGAAAAUUAAAUGCACAACAUGCCAUCACCAGAUGAAAUUGAAGAGGAGGACAAACAGUCAAGAUCAGUAUUCCUGGGUCUGUCAACGACCAGAACAUGGAGCGAAACAAAUUUCGGUCAGGCACAAAUCCAUCUUCAGCCACUCAAAAAUACCCAUCUGUAAUUGGAUGGAAUUCAUCUACAGAUUUGCUCAGGGGCUACGGCUGCGGCAGAUCGACAUGCUAGAUGACACCAUUGCGGGUAGCUCAGCAACCCUGAGCAAAAUGGCCAAACGAUUAAGGGGAGUGUGUGUAACGGCAUUAAAAAAAAUGAGAAGACGUACAGGUCAGUGGAUGGGCGGCAGACGGGAGUUUGUCGCCAUCGAUGAGAGCCAUUUUCGGCACAAACGAAAGUAUGGGAGAGGAAGAAUGGCUGGUGCCUGGAACCGGAAAAAAUGGGUCUUUGGGAUGCUUGGUGUAAAGGAGAGCUCUCGAAGGCCAAUUCUACGCCUGGUAGAGCGGAGAAACCGAGCACAUCUGGUGCCUCUGAUCACCCAACAUGUGCGAGUUGGGUCCAACAUCAUCAGUGAUCAGUGGCGCGCUUACCGUGUGCUCCCUGCAUUAGGGUAUGUGCACCACACGGUAAACCAUAGCAGGUCCUACGUUGAUCCCCUUACUGGAGCCCAUACCCAACAUAUCGAAAGGGCCUGGAGAACUCACAAAGAGAACAUUUGGAGGCUCAGGGGAAACCGAACAGAAUCCUUGCUUCAAGACCACCUUGCAGUCAUUGAGUGGAUUGAAUGGCUUGCCAAAAAGCACCGUCAUGAUGCAUUUGGUAGGUUAAUUCAUGACGUUUCAAGAAAAUACAGGUAGUGUGUUGUUUUUUGGCAAGCCAUUCAGUCCACAUAGUCAUUGUGUGUGUGUGUGUGUGUGUGCGUGCG